AUGGACGUUACACCUUCCGUUCCUGUUGCUGAUAGCUCCCCGGCGUUGCCUGUGAUUUCUGUGCCCGCACCUGUGGAGGCCCCGUUGCCGGCUCCCACAGCUGUCGAUAGCAUUGAGCCGCCGAUAGUGUCUGAACCCGCACCGGCAGCUGUAACGCUGUCCGUGUCGGAACCCGUUCCGGAGGCUGCUCCCUCUGUUGUGACUGAGAAUGUGUCUGCUGUAGCCACCGUUGUUGUCGAUAGUGAGGAGCGUCUUGCCGCCCCCGCGGAACCUAAACCGCGUCGGGAAAGGCCGAUUGAGAGAGCUGACAACGUCCCCCGCUUUCGAAGCGCUAGUAUUUCGGGUGUUUCUUCUCGUAAGGGGCGAACGCCGUCCCCGGUGGUGACUUGCGUCCCACCCUACAAGUCCACCUCAAAACAGAAGAAAUUGCAACGGGCCUCGCAGCGCGCGGCUGUUGACUCGCGGCAGGUGUCGGCUGCCGAUCGCCGUCGACAGCGGCCUGCCGCUCACAGUCAGCCUGAGGCGUCCGUGAGUUCCGCAGAGUUUAAGAGGGACGAGACAGUUCGUCAGCUCAAAGUUUUCCUUACUCAAACGGACCCUGUCGUGACAACCGAUACGGCGAUGAACGUUCCUCCGAGCGUGCCGCCUGCACAAGUGGCAGGCAAACGCAAAUCGGACGACUCACAUUGCCGUCGCAUCCGGCCGCACUCGCAGGAUUCUGGAUCUGAUCCUCCCGCCGGCGCUGGACCUGCCACGGCGGCUCCGUCGGGUGCCGCUCUUGCUAUGGACACGGAGGUGGUUCAGCCCCCCGUGUUUUCUAGUGCAAAGUGUGACUGGGCGGCGGACGUGGAGGUGGAUGAAGGGACUGGCAGCGGUACGUAA